AUGCCGUGCAUCAUCACUCUGUUGAGCAGUUGUACCUGGGGAGGCUUAGCAGCAAAAGUUCUGGUGUCUGGCGUUCCCUUGGGGAAUGAACCAGCUUGUCUUACCUUUGUCCUUUCUUCCCCUCAAGAUGGGGUAAGAACUGACAUUUAUAGGCAGCUCUUCCACCCUGAACAGCUGAUGUCUGGCAUGGAAGAUGCUGCCAACAACUGUGCCCAUGGCCACUACACUGCGGGGAAGGAGAUCAUCGAUUUGGUGCUGGAGUGAAUCUGAAAACUGACAGACCAGUGCACCAGGCUUCAGGGCUUCCUGAUCUUCCAUAGUUUUGGGGAUGGCACUGUCAAGUUGGAAUUUGCUAUCUACCCAGUCCCCCAAGUGUCCAUGACAGUUGUAGAACCCUAUAACUCUAUCUUGACCACCCACACCACCCUGGAGCACUCAGACUGCUUCAUGGUAGACAACGAGGCCAUCUAUGAUCUCUGCUGCCACAACCUGCGCCCUACCUAUACCAACCUGAACUGGCUCAUCAGCCAGAUUGUGUCCUCCAUCACUGCUUCCUUGUGUUUUGAUGGUGCCCUCAACGUGGACCUCACAGAGUUCCAGACCAAUCUGGUGCCCUACCCUCGCAUCCACUUUCCCCUGGUGACCUACUCACCCAUUAUCUCAGCUAAGAAGGCCUACCAUGAGCAGCUCUCAGUGGCAGAGAUCACCAGUGUCUACUUUGAGCCCUCCAAUCAGAUGGCCAAGUGUGACCCUCGCCACGGCAAGUACAUGGCCUGCUGCCUGCUCUACUGUGGAGAAGUGGUGCCCAAGGAUGAGAAUGCCACCAUUAAAACCAAGCAUAUUUGUUUUGCGGACUGGUGUCCCACAGGUUUCAAGGUUGGCAUCAACUACCAGUCCCCCACAGUGGUGCCCGGGGGUGCUGUAGCCAAGGUGCAGCGGGCAGUCUGCAUGCUAAACAAUACCACAGCCAUCACUGAGGGCUGGGCCCACCUCAACCAAAAGUUUGACCUGAUGUAUGCCAAGCGGGCAUUUAUGCACUGUUAUGUGGACGAGGGCAUGGAGGAAGGUGAGCUCUGGGCCUGAGAGGACCUGGCUGCCCUGGAGAAGGAUUUUGAAGUAGGCACAGAAUCUUUGGACAGCGAGUAUGAGCAUGAGGAGUUCUAGGGGUCCUGGCACCUGUAACACCAGGCCUCUCACACCACAGUUGUGUGUGUAUCUCAUUCCACUGUUCCCUGACCCCCUACAAAUACAAUGGAUGUUGCAAGCGA